CAGGAGCGACUCUGUGGAGUGCACCGACUGGUUUGCUCGGCAGGUCGCUGGUGCUGCAGCUGCUGGAACAUCUACAGUACAGCUAUAACGGAGGAGAAGUAACUCAUUGAAAAGGAAUAACGCGGCUUUUGGCUGCAGGCGUUCACACUUAAAGAGAGGAACCAAGUCCUUCGUCCAUGGCCAGUCCGGCUGCAGAUUUUGGACAGUCUCAUCAGCAUCCCCCUGUCACACAGUCGGCCGCCGACUCUGCGUUUCUGGAGGCGCAGAAAUGGAUAGAGGCUGCGACUGGACGGUGUUUUGGUGAAAAGGAUUUCCGAGGAGGCUUGGAGAACGGGAUUCUACUGUGCGAGUUACUGAGCUCCAUUAGACCUGGGUUGGUAAAGAAAAUUAACCGACUGCAAACACCAAUAGCUGGCCUGGACAACCUGAGUGUUUUUCUGCGAGGCUGUGAGGAGUUAGGACUGAAAGGCUCCCAGCUGUUUGACCCUGGAGACCUGCAGGACACAUCGACACGUCCUGCUGCAAAGGGAAGCGACGGCAGCCGAAGACUCAAGAAUGUUUUAAUCACAAUCUACUGGCUCGGUCGUGCUGCCAACAGCUGCACCUCCUACAACGGGCCCACGCUGGACCUAAAAGAGUUUGAGGGCUUGCUGUCACAAAUGCGAAAGGAGGCAGAGACAGUAGAAAGUCCUCAACGCAGCAUUCGGGACAGCGGCUACAUUGACUGCUGGGACUCGGAACGCAGUGACUCACUCUCUCCGCCACGCCACGGACGAGAAGAUUCAUUCGACAGCCUGGACUCCUUCGGCUCGCGCUCGCAGCAGACUCCGUCACCGGACGUCCUGGUCCCACGCGGCAGCAGUGAUGACCAUGGCAGUGACUCAGAGUCCGACGGCACACCUAACAGGAAGAUGCCGGACCUUCACAAGGACGACAUGUUGGCGCGUCGCACAUCAGUCACAGAGCUGCGGACUGCCAUGCCUUUUAACCAGUACCUACCCAACAGGAGCAACCAGAGCGGAUAUGUUCCAGCUCCACUUCGCAAAAAAAAGAAUGACAAGGAAGAUGGAGGGCGCCAGACCUGCAGUACUGCAACCUCACCUGUAGGAGGAGACAGACCUUGUAGUCCAAAAGAAAGCCCUGUCUUAGUCCUCCCACUUAGAGAGUCCCAUAGCCCUUCUCCCACUCCACACAUUGAACCACAGAUUCAAGAGAACAAGAGCGAAGACGAUGAGAGGGAUGUAAAGCUGAGUGCUUCCUCACCUUGCAUUGUGAUCCAUGCUGUGGGAAUAAGAAGGAGCAGUGAGCCUCUACGAUGUGGCCUCUACCAGGCCAACUCGGAGCCCCCUAGGGAAACCAUCACUCAGCUAAAGGGCACCUCUGAACAAAGUGCUUCAACUCGCUCGUGCUCAGAGGACUUCUCCCAAUACUUCGCGACUCUCUCACCAAACACCACCACUUCUGCCAGGAAACGUCAGACCACAGUAGACCAGCAGGUUGCAGGAGUUGCAGGUGCAGAUGGGGAUGAUAAAUGGAUCUGUCAAAUGCUGACCUCACCCAAAUAUGCUCCCAGUUCCUCUGAUUUCCUUCCUGUGCCCACUGCCAUGGCAACCACUUUAGCAAGAGCAACUGAUGCAGGCAGAACGAAGGAAAGGAGUAAAAGAGAAGAACCAAGGGAGGAGAAAUCUUGUUCGGACCGUAUUCCUCCAAGAACGAGUGUGAGUAUGAAUGACAUGCGUGGUGAAGAGGAGGCGCCACAUAGUCACGUCCGUCAUGAGCGGAUGCACAACCAGUACAACAGAAUGAGAGAAGACGAGAAUCACUGGCAGGAGGACCUGGCCCGAUGGAAAAGUAGAAGGAGGAGUGUCUCUCAGGACCUGAUUAAGAAAGAGGAGGAGAGGAAAAUGAUGGAGCGACUGAUGUCAGGAGACGGAUAUAUCUCUCAAAGGAGAAAAAGCAUCAAAACUUACCGAGAAAUUGUGGAAGAGAAGGAACGUCGUGAAGAGGAGCUACGAGAGGCUUACAGGAAAGCCAGAACUCCAGAGGAGGCAUCUGCUGUUCUCCAACGUUACGCCCAACGUUUCUCCAUCAGCGAGGCCGUCCUGGAGCGCCUGCAGCUGCCCAAGCUUCUAGACCGCAGCGUAUCAGCUGAUCCCUCCUUUCACAUCUCGCCCCUUUCCCUCUCGCUCUCCUCCUCCCCUACAACCCCAGACCCCUUCGACGAAGACCCCAGCGGGCCCCUGAGGUAUCUGCGGCAGCAGUCAGCUCCACUGCCAAGGUUUACAUCCACGCUGGAGGCACAAAUUGAAGAGUUUCCCAAAGAUUCAACCUCACUUCAUCGGCCUCAGAUUCGCUCUUGCUCAUCUGAACCGCCAUCCACCCGAGCCCUGUCACCCAAACCCGUGCCUUUGCUGUCACCCAAGCCUUACUUUCAACCUCAACAGUUGGCAUCUGAAAAGCAGAGUAGUAAGGUGGAUGGUUUGCUACGAGUGAAUGGCGACAUUGGAAAUAAUUCUGAGUCUAAAGCAAGGGAAUCCCCUCCCCUAUUCCUGCCAUCUCCAUCCCUGUCUGGAAAUGGCACUUUGGAUGCUCCCUCAUCAGAUGCCUCACCUGCUCGAUGUCUGCCAGCCACCCCCGAAAGACGAAGUCAAGGGUCAACAAAGGACACCGACCGACCGUACAACACAGCUGCAGAAGAUUUUAAAGAGGAGAAUGUCACUGAGUGUUUAUCAUCUCCCAUUCGGCCUACUACUCUUCCAGAGGAGUUAAGGCAGCCUGAGGACAGCUUUGGGGAGGCAGGAGGUCAGACAGAUGCUGCUCAACAGGAAGAAAAGACCUAUCCAGCAGUUCAUCAGCAGUCAACUACAGCUAAACCAGAGAAGACUGAACUUUCCAGUGAGAACCUACAGCAGAUUUUUCCAACUGAGGUUGAUACAAUAAAAAAUAAGGCUAUAGCAUCAAUGGGGUCUUUUCAGAGAAUGGAGAUGGCACCGCCCUCAGCUGCACCCGGAUCGCUUGGAUAUAUACCUCAAAAAGAAGUAUCAUCAGACGAUUCCAAGAAGAAUCAACAUGGAAACGUCUCAGUCCCGGUGUUGUCCCAGACCAGGCGGGGAGACCGCUGGUCUUGGGACCCAGAUGAGGAGCGAAAGCGUCAGGAAAGGUGGCAGCAAGAGCAGGAGCGCAUGCUGCAGGAGAAGUACCAGCGUGAGCAGGAGAAACUGAAGGAGGAGUGGGAGAAAGCACAGAGGGAGGUGGUGGAGGAAGAAAGGAAGUAUAAUGAGGAGGAGCGUAAGAUACUGGAAGAAACUGUAAUGCCUUUAACACCCCGCUCCUCAGCCCUGCCCUCCCCCAGCCGAGGGGGCCUCUCCUCCACCUCUGAGCCAGAGGACACGAUUGUCCGUUCGCUGGCAGAUUGGGAACGAAAACAAGAGCUACUGGAGAGGCAGUCUAGAGGAAGCACUGAGAGUGCAGAGAGGAAAAUGAGAGAAAACGACAGAACUAGUGACAUCAGCACUGCUGACGACAGCAUGAAUACUGGCAGAAGCAUGGUGAGCCAGAGCAGCAGUCAGGCAGAAAAACUUGCUCAAAGUAUUCCCAAAAGCCAAACGCUUCCUACUACAUCAGCCAAAUGCUCAACGCCAGAUAAGAAGCAAUCAGCUCCCGCUACCGAUAGCACCAGACCCAGUCGGUCAGCAGGAGAGAGAAGGUGCAGCCCCACUGAUAAUGAUAAAGGACGCGGCUCAUCAAAGCCCAUCGCAUCAUGUCCAUCAGAACCAGACACAUUACCCCCACCGCCCAACAGGUCUGUCAGUGGGAGGAAGCUAUGCUCCAGCUGCGGACAGCCUCUAGGAAAGGGAGCAGCCAUGAUCAUAGAGACACUAAGCCUCUACUUUCACAUCCACUGCUUCAAGUGCGGGGUGUGUAAAGGACAGUUAGGCGACACAACCACAGGGACAGAUGUCCGGAUAAGAAAUGGCCUCCUCAACUGCAACCAAUGCUACAUCCGUUCCCGAUCCGCUGGACAGCCGACCACAUUGUGAUGCAGUGAAAAAAAGCACAAGGUUUGCAGAAGAAAGCCUCAUCCUCGUUUUAACCAGAUUAGCCACCAAUCACGUCCUCCGCAGCCUGUUGGGAUGUAUGCUUCCACCGCAGCUCUGUGACCACUGAAGAUCUAUCAUUUGGGCCAAAUAGGGAUCAGGGGACUGAUAAAUGUUUAAAUCAAAAACAUAUAUUCUCUGUGUUCAUGUCAUCUGCUACAUGAGUGAAGUCUGAAUUCUAUUGGGCCUCAUCCAUCCACAAAGCGUGCUUCAUUGUGCAGCGAGUUUGUUCUAAGGCGGCAGCCAUGUUGAAAAGACAACACAUAGAGCUCACCAACACAGUGCUUCAGACCACUUUACAUACUGGAAAAAAUAGUAUUAAUUUUUCUUAUUACAGAUGAGAUAAAAAAGACGUGAUGCAAUUAAUUACAGUUUAAAGAUUUAUGUUGGUUUGUUUUUCAUGUUAUUUUUUUUUUAAAUAUGGAAGUUAAUACAAAGUAUUUCCCCUUCAGGUAAAUAACACAGUAAAAUGUAAAUACACAAUUGGGAAACUGUAAUAAAGUAAAAAAAAAAAAAAAAACAUAUUUAGGAAUUCAAAUACAUAUAAAAAUUUAUUUUUAAAAGAGCUUUUCUAUGGAGAAUGAGAUUAGGUUCAAAUUAAAAAUGAGAACAGAUUCAGGCUGAUAUUGAAGGCAAUAACAAAGUUGUGAGCUUGUUUUGAGCUGUUGGUUGCAGCAGAUGGUUUUAUUCAGUCUGUCUUGUUUAGCCAACACUGUAAUGUGCCUUAGGACAGUGAAAGGAUGCAGGAAAAAAAGCGUCAGAUGAGUGCUUCUUAUUUCCCCACUAUUUUCAAUUUUCGCUAAGAGUGAUUUGGUCAGAAUAAAACUAGGAAAGGUGAGAAAGUUCAACUACAUUAUUUUAUCAUCUCCUUAAUCAUUACUGUUUAUUUUCUUUUAAUUAUACAGUACUUGAUAUCAUAAUUUCUGUUUGAUCGCCUUGUUUUCUGUAAUUGUAAAUGAUCAAAUAAAAAAAGCAAAAUAAAAACCAUGUGUACUCCACAUGACAGGGCGAAUAAGGGUUCAGUUUUGAAUGUUUUUGAUAUUGAAUGUGUGAGAAUCAGACUUGUUUUGAUAAUUUCUCAGCUGUACCGUUCAUUUAUGCACCUGAAAAAAAGUUGAAACUGAAACAUCUGUAGUAUCUGAAACAUCUGUUGUCAGCAGAGGUAAUAUGAAUACAUACCAGCAGAAGCUUCACUUGUGCAAUGUUCAGUUGGUUUAAACUCCUGCCACCUCCAAAUUUAAGACUUGUUAAGAGCUUCCUAAUUUGUUUUGGGUAUGUUGAAAAAAAUGCAUGUUUAAAACCAAAUGAUUUGCUGUAUGAAUGCAAACCGGCCUAUAUCUCCUUGUGCUUAAACUGGCUUCACCUCUGGAGUCAUCUCUCACUUUCUCUGAACCGCAGUAUUUUUAAGAUUUUUUUUCCGACUGUAUUUUUUUUUUCUAUUUUUAGCACUUAUUUAGCUAAUGUGUAAAAUCCAUGUUGACUCUUUUAUAGCAGGAACUAUGAGUCCAAGCUCUUGUCCCAGAGCGUUUUAAUAGGACAAUAGGGGAAUGGAAACCUUUUUGCAUCUGUACUGUAUUUAUUGUAUAAUAGCCUAUUCAGCUUGAACGUUAUUCAGAAUAUAGUUUCAUUUGAUGUUUUAAUGCAAUAGCAUUUAUUAUUACAUCACUGUAUGUUUAUAAAUAAAUAUAAAUGGACAUAAAAA